AUGGCAAACGGGCAUGAAAUUACAGUGUACGUGUAUGCUCAGCCCAUCAUAAGUAAAGCAAGACCAGAUCUGUUGAAAAGUCAUUUUAUUCCGACUCUGGAAAAGCUAAAGAAGAAAGCCAUUAAAAUAGUGAUUGAAGAAGAACAAUUGAAAGCAGACAAUAAAACUGAUACCCAAGAAGCAGAACUUCUCAUUCUAGAUGAAUUUGCAGUUCUUUGUCGAGAUCUUUAUGCCUUUUAUCCUAUGUUGAUCCGCUAUGUAGACAACAACAGAUCAAACUGGCUUAAAAAACCAGAUGCUGAUUCUGAUGAACUUUUCCGCAUGGUGGCAGAAGUUUUCAUCCUGUGGUGUAAAUCACAUAAUUUUAAGAGAGAAGAACAAAAUUUUGUGAUUCAGAAUGAAAUUAACAAUUUGGCAUUUUUGACAGGUGACAAUAAGAGCAAGAUAUCAAAAGCCAUGCAAGUAAAGUCUGGAGGUCAUGAUCAAGAACGAAAAAAAGCAAAACAUAGAGGGGAUUUAUAUUCAAUACAGACUUCUCUGAUUGUAGCUGCACUUAAAAAAAUGCUCCCCAUUGGGUUGAACAUGUGUACCCCUGGAGAUCAAGAGCUGAUUUCUCUUGCUAAGUCCAGGUACAGCUGUAAAGACACUGAAGAAGAAGUUAAAGAACAUUUACGCAAUAACUUGCAUUUGCAGGAAAAGUCAGAUGACCCUGCUGUGAAAUGGCAGCUGAAUCUCUACAAAGAUGUCUUAAAAACUGAUGAACCUGCCGAUCCUGAGAAAACUAUUGCACGUGUGCAAAGGAUCUCAGCAGCUGUCUAUCAUCUGGAACAGGUUGAGCAACCACUAAGAUCAAAGAAAGCAGUUUGGCACAAACUCUUGUCUAAACAACGCAAAAGAGCUGUUGUAGCUUGUUUCAGGAUGGCACCAUUGUAUAAUCUGCCAAGGCACCGUUCUGUUAAUCUGUUCCUUCAUGGUUAUCAGAAAUUUUGGAUAGAAACAGAAGAAUAUUCCUUUGAGGAGAAACUGGUUCAGGAUUUGGCUACUCCACCCAAAACAACUGAAGAUGAGGAAGAAGAGGAUGAAAACCAUCCAGAUCCUCUACAUCAGAUUAUUCUUCAUUUCAGUCGGAAUGCUCUCACUGAAAGAAGUAAACUAGAAAAUGAUCCUUUGUACACUACAUAUUCAGCAAUGAUGGCAAAGAGCUGUCAGAGUGAGCAAGAUGGUAAUGAGGAGGAAGAGGAAGAAGAAAAAGAGAAGACAUUUGAAGAAAAAGAAAUGGAAAAGCAGAAAACCCUCUAUCAGCAAUCCCGACUCCAUGAACGUGGAGCUGCUGAAAUGGUAUUGCAGAUGAUCAGUGCCAGCAAAGGUGAAAUGGGGCCCAUGGUAGUUGAAACUCUGAAGCUUGGUAUUGCUGUUCUAAAUGGAGGUAACUCCGUUGUUCAACAGAAAAUGUUGGAUUAUUUGAAAGAGAAAAAGGAUGCUGGUUUUUUCCAAUCUAUCUCUGGCUUAAUGCAAUCUUGCAGUGUUCUUGAUUUGAAUGCCUUCGAGAGACAAAAUAAAGCAGAAGGGCUUGGAAUGGUUACUGAAGAAGGAACACUCAUCAUACGUGAGCGUGGUGAGAAAGUACUACAGAAUGAUGAGUUUACUAAAGAUCUGUUUAGAUUUUUACAACUGCUGUGUGAAGGUCAUAACAAUGAUUUUCAGAAUUACCUGCGUACGCAAAUGGGCAAUACUACUACAGUGAAUAUUAUCAUUAGCACAGUUGAUUAUCUUUUGCGGCUUCAGGAAUCAAUCAGUGAUUUUUAUUGGUACUACUCUGGCAAAGAUAUAAUUGAUGAAUCUGGACAACAUAACUUCUCUAAGGCUUUGGCUGUAACCAAACAGAUUUUUAAUUCACUAACUGAAUAUAUACAAGGCCCUUGCAUUGGAAAUCAGCAGAGUUUGGCUCACAGUAGACUAUGGGAUGCGGUUGUUGGCUUUCUCCAUGUUUUUGCUAACAUGCAAAUGAAGCUUUCACAGGAUUCCAGCCAAAUUGAAUUGCUGAAGAAAUUACUGGAUCUUCUGAAGGAUAUGGUGGUGAUGCUGUUGUCACUGCUUGAAGGUAACAUUGUAAACGGCACAAUUGGCAAACAGAUGGUAGAUACACUGGUCGAGUCGUCUAGCAACGUAGAAAUGAUUUUGAAGUUCUUUGACAUGUUUCUCAAGCUGAAAGAUUUAACAAGCUCAGAAGCCUUCAAAGAGUAUGAUUCCGAAGGAAAAGGAAUAAUAUCAAAGAAGGAAUUUCAAAAAGCCAUGGAAGGUCAGAAGCAGUAUAUGCAAUCAGAAAUUGACUUUCUGCUGUCUUGUGCAGAAACUGAUGAAAAUGAUAUGUUUAACUAUGUUGAUUUUGUUGAAAGAUUUCACAAGCCAGCCAAAGAUAUUGGGUUUAAUGUGGCAGUGCUCUUAACAAAUCUCUCAGAACAUAUGCCAAAUGAUUCACGCCUUCAAACUCUAUUACAUCCGGCAGAAAGUGUCCUAAAUUAUUUUGAACCUUAUCUGGGACGCAUUGAGAUCAUGGGUAGUGCCAAGAAGAUAGAACGGGUUUAUUUUGAGAUUAGUGAAUCCAGCAGGACCCAGUGGGAAAAGCCCCAAGUUAAAGAAUCAAAAAGGCAGUUUAUUUUUGAUGUUGUAAAUGAAGGUGGAGAGCAAGAAAAAAUGGAGCUUUUUGUCAAUUUCUGUGAGGACACCAUUUUUGAAAUGCAGUUGGCUUCUCAGAUCUCUGAAACUGAUACAAUUGACAGAAUUGAGGAAGAGAAUGAAGCUUGCUGUCUGAGGGAGGUUGGAGAAGACGAGAAAGAAGAACAAUCUUUUGAAUCAGCUUCAGCAUUUGCAAUGGCAUGUGAUGCAGUAAAGAAAUAUGCUGCCACAAUUCUCAAGAUCAUUAGACUGAAAAAUCUAAGGAAACAAUAUAGAAAAGUGAAAAAAAUGACCUUUAAAGAACUGGUGAAAGUGUCCUUUUCUUCUCUUUGGAUGCUAUUUAUAGGAUUCUUCCAAAUGUUUCUUACUAUGAUAUGGAGCAUUUUUCAGAUCCUUUGGAGUACAGUGUUUGGUGAUGGCCUAGUUGAAGGGGCCAAAAACAUAAGAGUUACCAAAAUUCUAGGAGAUAUGCCUGAUCCAACACAGUUUGGAAUUCAUGAUGAUGUGCUCGAAGCAGUAGACAUUUUGGAACAUGGCAUUGCGGCUGAAAUCGUGCAAUUUGUAAAAAAAGAAAAAGGAGAAAGUGAUCUCUUAUCAGAUAUUUUUGAUAUUUAUACAAAAAAAGAAAGUGGAUCGAAACAUGGUCAUGAUAUUGGCCUUGGGGACAUUGCUGGUAUUAUUGGAUCAGAAACACCCCCUUCUUUGGAAAGUGCAGUUCGUAAGAAGAAGAAAAUUCAGCUACCUGAAGUUACAAGGGAUGAUGAAUCAGAAACAAGAACAGAAUCUGAGAAGGCUGACAUGGAGGAUGGUGAAAAACAUGAUAAGAUAAAGGAUGAUGUAAACUCCGAAUAUUUGGAAGUUGAAGAACCUAAGAAAAGAAAACGACAUGGACACAAGUUAGAGAAGCCAGAAGCAGUUAUGGCUAAUUUUUUUAAAGUACUGGAGAUCUAUCAGACAAAAGUUUUGCACUAUUUGGCAAGAAAUUUCUACAAUUUAAGAUUCCUUGCACUUUUUGUUGCCUUUGCCAUCAAUUUUAUUCUCCUCUUUUACAAGGUGACAGAAGAACCAUUGGAAGAAAUGGAAGAAGAUUCUGAUUUAUGGCAAUCUUUAGAUGAAGAUGAGGAUGAAGAAGGAAUGGUGUUCUUUGUCUUACAAGAGAGCACAGGUUAUAUGGCUCCAACACUUAGGGCACUUGCUAUUAUUCAUACUAUUAUUUCUUUCCUAUGUGUAAUUGGAUACUAUUAUUUGAAGGUAAUCAACAAGUAUGGCGAUUUAUAUGGAGCAGAGCGCAUUGCAGAACUCUUAGGUCUGGACAAAAGUGCUCUGGAUUUUAGUCCAGUAGAACAUACUGAACCAGAUGAAGCCUCUCUUGUUUCAUGGUUAAGUUCUAUUGAUGCAAAAUAUCAAAUCUGGAAGCUUGGUGUAGUUUUCACUGAUAAUUCUUUCUUGUAUUUAGCUUGGUAUACAACCAUGUCCAUUCUUGGCCACUACAACAACUUUUUCUUCGCUGCUCAUUUGCUCGAUAUAGCUAUGGGUUUUAAGACUUUACGUACCAUUCUAUCAUCUGUAACUCACAAUGGCAAACAGCUCAUGUUAACUGUUGGACUCUUGGCUGUGGUGGUAUAUCUUUACACGGUUGUUGCAUUUAAUUUCUUCCGGAAAUUUUAUAACAAGAGUGAGGAUGAGGAUGAGCCAGACAUGAAAUGUGACGAUAUGAUGACUUGUUACCUGUUCCAUAUGUAUGUCGGUGUACGAGCAGGUGGAGGUAUUGGAGAUGAAAUUGAAGACCCUGCAGGAGACCCUUAUGAAAUAUAUCGAAUUGUUUUUGAUAUCACAUUUUUCUUCUUUGUCAUUGUUAUCCUACUGGCCAUCAUUCAAGGUCUUAUUAUUGAUGCCUUUGGCGAACUGAGAGAUCAGCAAGAGCAGGUCAAAGAAGACAUGGAGACCAAAUGCUUUAUUUGUGGAAUUGGUAAUGAAUAUUUUGAUACAACUCCACAUGGUUUUGAAAUGCAUACUUUACAAGAACACAAUCUGGCCAACUAUUUAUUCUUUUUGAUGUAUCUUAUUAAUAAGGAUGAAACUGAGCACACUGGGCAGGAAUCAUAUGUAUGGAAAAUGUACCAAGAAAGAUGCUGGGAUUUCUUCCCAGCUGGAGAUUGCUUCCGUAAACAGUAUGAAGAUCAACUUGGAUAAAAAUACCAACAAAGGAACUACUGUAUUCAAUGUAAACAAAAAUAGAAUUCUUACAAAACAAUGGCAUAACAUAAAUGUUGCUUAUGUUUGACCUCUAAGUAAAUGAAGUAGCCCAGUUUUAAAUUGAUCUAGAUUAGCUUUUUGUAUGUGGCAGAAACAGGCUCUGAAUUAUUUGGAUUUCAGUUUUGUUUGUUUUUAGGUGGUGCAGAGCAAAAAAAUAACAUUUAAACAUUUUAGUUCAGUACUUUAAUUCAGGAAUCAUUGUUUUUUAUCAGUCCUUUGUAGAAAAUAAUAUAGGUGAAAGGGCUAUAUCAUUGUUUUGCAACUGAAGACUCUGAAUGUCAGAUGACAAUAACAUAAUCAUGGACUCAUAUGGUGAACUUAAUAUUUCAAUCAGCCUUGUUUUCCCUGUGCCAUUUCUUAGUGUAACAAUGCAGACAGAAAGAUUUUAAGUAUUCAGUGCUUAAAAUUGUCAAGUAUUUUAUUGUCUCUAAAUCUAAGUGCCUUAACUCUUUCCAGAUCUAGCUAUGCAAAAUACUUUUUUUAAAAAUGUUAGUCCUUUAGAUUGACAUUUUUGUUAUUUGACUGUGUUGCUUUCUGGUCUUACUGUAUGACAUGAAAUUUAGUCAUAUACUUAUUACAAAACUGCUUACUACAUGCAGUUGGUUUAAAAACCUGUCUUACAACUGAACAUAAUUAAACUAGUGAUUAGUUGCAACGUUAAUGCGUUUUUUUCCUUCAAAUAACAACAUGCACUGCAAUAAAGAAUUUGCAAAACAAAACUUUA